AUGACUAAGCAGUUGGAUAGCAAACUUGACGCUGCUGGUGCUUACGCUGAUGCUGCUCAUUACUACACGAAGACAAAUAAUUCGAGAAAGGCAACAUUAUGUGUAAAGCAGGCACUAGACAUGGCUCGGGACAAUAUGGAAAGGCUAAUUGUUUCGGCAAGACAUUAUGAGAUAGCGAGAGGAGAAGAAUUCAUGAAGAAAGCUGAGAAGAAACUCAGCAUUUGGGGGCUUUUCGGGUCCAAAUACAAUGACAUUGUAGAUUUGUUCGAUAAAGUUGCUAAUUGCCUCAAACUUGUGGAAUCAUGGGAUCGAGUUGGAGAGGUAUAUGUCAAAUUAGCAAGUUGUUAUCUGAAGUUGGAUAGCAAACAUGACGCUGCUAGUGCUUACGAUAAUGCUGCUCAUUACUACACGAAGACAAAUAAUACGAGAGAGGCAAUAUCAUGUCUAGAGCAGGCAGUACUCAUGUGUCUGGAUAUUGGAAGGGUAAAUGAGUCCGCAAGAUAUUACAAGGAAAUUGCUAAAUUAUAUGAACAAAAAGAACGGAAUUUGGAGCAAGCGACCAUUUAUUAUGAGAAAGCAGUUGAUCUUUUCGAGAGUUUGAAUUUUACAAGCGACCAAUUUUGUGAUCUCACAGCACAGAAGGUAGUUUCCACAGAGACAGCUCAGGCUUUUGCUGAUGAAAUUGGCAUACCUUUCAUGGAAACAAGUGCAAAAAGUGCCACUAAUGUAGAACAGGCUUUCAUGGCUAUGGCUGCUUCAAUCAAGAACAGAAUGGCAAGCCAACCGGCAAGAGCGGUUGUUGUUCAUCUUGAAAGGACGAAGCUCUGUUGCCUUGAUGAUGAUUCUGAUGUGGAGCUGUGGUGA